CAAACGAGAGACAGAAAAAAAUCGGAUUGUGUCGUGGCUCUUUUCGUGUUUCUUACCAUUUUUACAGGUUUUACGCCGAAUAAAACGCCCUAAUGGACGACGUUGCGGUGUUAAAAAGUGAAAAUGCCAACCUCCGGAAGAUACAGGCCAAAUUGCUCCAAUGGGAACAGAAAGACAACGCCCUGGCACCGCUCAGUUCCGGGCAGGUGGAGUUCUUGAAUCGCCUCUCGGAGCAGCUAGCCGGGAGUGGUUCGGUGAAAAAUGACGAAGAACCGCAAAACACCACAUUCGAGUUGAAAACAUCCCUGGAUGAGUUCAAGCAGUCCAACAAUGUGAUCGAAUCGACUCAAGACUUCUUGUCCUGGUACAACACCAUCGAUUCGGAGAUUCUGGAACACUUCGACGACGUCUAUCUAGAUUAUUACGAACAGCUGCGGGAGCGCUCAUCCGAAUGUGAUAAGCUGCUCGGCGAAAUCGACGUGUCCCUUGAAUCAUUACAAAAACUAACGGGCGAAUACAACUUCGUGUCGGAGAAAACCUCAUCCCUUCACCAAGCUAGUGAAAAUUUGCUUCAAGACCAAACCAAGCUUAACGAAAUCGGUGAAGACAUUCGGAAGCGUUUGAAGUUCUUCUCCCAGGCCGAAAGUAUUUCCCAAAGACUUCAGAAUCCGACAUUUUCUGUCUCGAAUGACACAUUCGUGGACAUCCUGAACACGAUCGACGAAUGCCUUGAGUACAUGCGAUCGAAUCCAAGCUUCAGCGAGGCCGCCAGCUACAGUAUCAAGUAUCGAAAUUGUCUCUCAAAAGCCACCCAAAUGAUGAAAAACUACGUGGAAAACAUUCUAACCAAUGCAACGGGGCAAAUUGUUGGUCCGAAUCGAGCUGCAGGGGGUCCGGAGCAGGGAUCGGAAGCUGCCUUUGCCCUGUACUACGGGAAGUUUCAAGCUUCGGCUCCGAAAGUUAAGAGGAUUACGGCGACGAUUGAGGAACGGCUGGAAAGAAGCGGAGAGUAUGAGCAGCUUUUGGCCGCCUUGCAUCAGCAAUUUUUGGCUCAGAGAGCAACGAUAAUGAGCUCCGGUGUAGAUCAAGCCAUCCGGGAUCUGAGCAAGAAGCACAAGGGCGAUCACUGUGCCCUGGUCCGGUCGGCCUGUGCCUUCAUGGUUCACGUGUGUCAGGACGAACAUCGGCUCUUUUUCCAAUUUUUCGCCCAUCCGAGCAAUCAACUGACAGCUUACAUGGAAGGCCUGUGCACAAUUCUUUAUGACAUUCUGAGACCGUUCAUUAUUCGAAUCGAUCAUUUGGAGACGUUGGCCGAAAUCUGUAGCAUUCUGAGGGUGGAGAUGCUUGAAGAACAUGUCAAUUACAAUCCUGAUUCCCUGGAAGCCUUCGCCAAAAUAAUCUACCAACUUCUACAGGACGUUCAGGAACGAAUAGGUUUUCGGGCCCAGAACUACCUUGAGUCAGACAUUCUCAACUAUCGACCUUCUGCGGGGGAUUUGGCUUAUCCAGAGAAGCUGGAAAUGAUGGAAAGUAUUGCCCUAUCUCUUCAAGAAAACUACUUGAGACGAGCAGACUCUCGAAGUUCGAUGGUUUCGAUCGCUUCUCUAGCUUCCCAGGAGGUCGAAAGUAUCAACCAGCAAGCCAUCCAGGCCGAGCAACAACAGCAAGUCAGUAAAUCGCGGACCGGUAAUUCACCCGCUGAUCUACACGGCAUGUGGUAUCCCACGGUUCGGAGGACCCUGGUAUGCCUUUCUCGGUUGUACCGUUGCAUCGAUCGGGCCAUUUUCCAGAGCCUUUCGCAGCAAGCCUUAACCUACUGUAUCCAGAGUGUUUCGGCUGCAGCGGCUCAAAUUGCUCAGCGCAAAUCUUCCAUCGAUGGGGAACUGUUCGAGAUUAAACAUUUGCUAAUCCUUCGGGAGCAAAUUGCUCCAUUUCGGGUUGAUUUUACGGUCAAGGAAACCAGUUUGGAUUUUAGCAAAGUUAAGACGGCUGCCUAUGAACUACUUCAAAAGCGGAAGCAACUAUUUGCCUUGGGUUCCAACAAUGCUCUCCUGGAAUUUCUUCUGGAUGGAACUCCACAAGUGAAAGAACAACUACUGGACUCCCGAAAAGAUGUCGACCGGCAGUUGAAGAUGGUCUGUGAGGCAUUUAUCAAGGAUGCGACCAGGCAAUUGGUCGGUCCGAUUCUCAACUUUUUGGAAACUGCCCAAGCCCAUUUGAAACAAAGUUCAACGAAUUCUGCAGUUUCUUCAACGAGCCCUGGAGUAACUCCGGCUGCCAUCGGUAUGGUUCUGCGAAUGGCUGCCUUCGCCGCUCCUCAGCAGAUCAGUUCCCUGAUCCAGGAAAGCAUUCGCAACAUCAAAACUAAGCUGGGAGCGCUUCAGCGGUCUAUGCAACUGUAUCUCUCCAAUAAGGACACCGAAUUCAUUCUGUUUCGACCGAUUCGGAACAACAUCAUUGGGUCGUUCGUGAAGCUGGAACAGCUGUUAGCCACCAAUUCGUACAGUAAGGACGACCUAACCAUCGUUAGUUGUCCGUCGGCGGAGCAAAUCUCGGUUCUCCUGUCCAGUGUCAAUCUCAGUGGCCCUGGGGAUAAACCUCUGGAGAUGUCCUCGUCAACUGUGGCGGUUCAAAGGAAGAUCAGCUCUUCCUCGACGGGCAGCGGUGGAGGAAAAUCGACGCAACUGGAAAAGAAGGUAAGCUUUGACAGUGGCGCCAAUACGGUGGUACAGAUUGAUGAUUCCUUGGCCGUUGUCAACGAAGACGUCCCCAAACCUAAGGUUGAAGAUGUUGAGGAAAGUGUUGAACAAACUGCGUAGUAAGAUUUAUCUUUAUUCAAUUAUUUAAGUAUCGAAUUGUGGGACAUUAUUCAACAGAUGCAAUAACAUUUUAUCGUUGAUGAUCGUUAA